UACUAUUACGCAGUCACGUUUGCGAAAUGCUCAACAUAAUGUAGAAUUGUGAAGUAUACACAGUGUGUAGGCCCAAUGCCCAUUAUACCUUUGCUAUUAUUGCCUUUGAAAAUACUGUAGGGCAUGUAAAAAAACAUGUUUUUGUUACCGUCCCUCACUUUUUUGUUACCAUCUGCUCCUCCCACCGCCUAGGCUUUCUGGUUACACAAGUUCAUUGGCACCCGCAAAAACUGCAUAGAUCACAUAAAGGGAGAUUUAAAGGGGAUUAAAACUUCCAGUGGCAAAUUUGAUGCCUCAUUCCGACAACAGGUUACACAGAAUAGCUACAACCAUGCUUCCAUUCCAUCCAACACUUCUGGUGGUUCUGGUAAGCGUGCAUGCCUGCUUCUCUACACCAGGAGAGGAGGUUGCCUCCAACAUGGCCCCACCAGAAGCCACAGAUUUUAACAGAACUGUCUAUGCAGCUUGCAAAAUGAGACCCAACACCAAGCUAGGUGAGGGUUUACCCAAGGUGUAUGGACAGGUUCUGUUCAAACAGGAAUACCCAGAAGGAACCUUAAAGGUCCGCUUUCUUCUCCAUGGCUUCUCCAGUCAGAGUGAUGGUCAGUCCAGAGCCAUCCACAUCCACCAGUAUGGGGACUUCAGUGAGGGCUGUGAUUCCACUGGCGGCCAUUACAACCCAUACAAGGUUCUUCAUCCCAACCAUCCAGGGGACUUUGGAAACUUUGUGGCCAGCCAGGGAAGGAUUCACAAGUUGACUGAAUCAGAGGCCACUCUGUUCGGGGGAUUGUCAGUGCUGGGGCGGGCGGUGGUGGUCCAUGAGAAGGUAGAUGACCUAGGCCAGGGUGGGGAUUCAGGGAGCCUGCUACAUGGUAAUGCUGGACAAAGGCUGGCAUGCUGCACAAUUGGGAUGAGUAGACCAAAACUGUGGGAUAAGGCCCAUCGCAGACAACAGAGCAGGGGAUGAAACACUAUGUUACACAAUUUUUGUUACAGGGUAGCAAGUGUUAUUUUUGUAAGCCUAAGUAUAGACAAUGGCUGUUAUUCAGAAAGAAAAUUAAUUUGUGUCUUUUUGUUCACAUGAAGUCAGAAAAAACUACAUGUGAAUCCAAAUUGACAUGUAUUUACAGUUAGGUCCGGAAAUAAUUGGAAACUGACAAGUUUUGUUAUUUUGGCUAUUUACCAAAAUGUAUUCAAGUUAGUUAAAUAAUGAA